AUGCCUGGAGCCUUCCAGGCUUCUUUUCACUCAGUGCUCAUCUGCUUGUGCAAGCGCAGCUCCAUCCUCCCGCCGCCCUGCGAGGAGGAAGGAGCAGCCCUUGCUGCCGAGGUGCUUCCAGCUCUCCCAAGAGGCAACAACAACAUGCCUGGUUCAACUACUGCCCUCCGACAAGAGAGAUUGAAGAAGACAAGUGCCAGGCCAAAUCCCCUGGGUUUAUUCACCAUUAACGAAGAGGAUGAGCAGCAAAAGAACGGGAAUUCCAAAACACUGAAAGCAGAUGAAGGUUCCAAAACACAAGACAAAAAAGUCGCUUCAGGACAAAGCAACACUGGAACUAAACCAGAUCAUCCAACAACACUAAAGGUUGAUGACAGGCAACGGCUUGCUAGAGAACGGAGAGAAGAACGAGAAAAACAGCUAGCUGCAAGAGAAUCCAUCUGGUUAGAAAGAGAAGAGAGAGCCCGGCAACAUUAUGAAAAACACCUAGAGGAACGCAGAAAGAAGCUAGAAGAGCAGAGAUUAAAGGAAGAGAGAAGGCGAGCUGCCGUAGAGGAGAAGAGAAGGCAGAGAAUAGAAGAAGAUAAGGAACGACAUGAAGCUGUUGUACGUCGCACAAUUGAAAGAAGCCAGAAGCCAAAACAAAAGCAAAACAGGUGGUCCUGGGGAGGAGCACUACAUAACCGCAUUAAUAACACAGAUCCAGACAGGCGGUCUGUUUCAACAAUGAACCUUUCGAAACAUGUUGAUCCAGUCAUUAACAAGCGGCUCUCCUCCUCAUCUGCAACAUUACUAAAUUCUCCAGACAGAGCUCGCCGUCUACAGCUCAGUCCAUGGGAGAGCAGCAUCGUUAGCAGGCUUCUGACGCCCACUCACUCAUUUCUGGCCCGAAGUAAAAGCACAGCUGCGUUGUCUGGAGAUGCAGUUAUCCCCAUUUGUCCCCGUUCAGCAUCUUGCAGCCCCCUCAGUCCUCUGUCCUACAAGACCAUGAACUGUAGGAAUCCAGGAGAAAGAGCAAAACUUUAUGCCUCUACUGAUGCUGUUGGAUGUAGGAGAACAACGCAUCUUGCAGGGCCUGACAAAAAAGAAAAGGAGAGAGACCAUUUGUCAUCCAGCUUCUCAGCCAGCUUUAAAGGAGGUCAUUUUUCUUCCAACCCCAAAGCUAGAUCACCAGCUCCCUCUCCAGUUUGGCAUGCGUCAAAGUCUUUGCCUUUUUUGCCUGGCACACCCAGGCAGAUAACUUCCCCACCUGGUUCCUCCAAAGUUUCCUCUGCUCAGGCACGUCCUCCUUCUCCUGGCAACAUCCGGCCAGCCAAAAAAGAGGUCAAACCAGAGAGUAAAAAGAAAAGACCAGAAAAGGAGGCUGAAAAGGCCAAUGAGGAGACAACAGAAGAGAGUAAAGGAGCUUCAGCAGGUGCUGGAGAAUCUGCAAGUCAGGAAGAGCUCACUGUCCAGGCAGAGCUCACUCAAGCAGCCAGCCCAUCCCUACCUCCUGCUCCGCCAGCUCUUUCUCCGCCUGCAGCCCCCACCAAGCCCUCUGCAGGUACCACUGACCCUGAAGAGGCAACGAGGCUGCUGACUGAGAAGAGACGUCUUGCCCGUGAGCAGCGGGAACGGGAGGAACAAGAAAGGAGGGAGAGAGAAGAGCUUGAAAGGCAAAAGAAGGAGGAGCUUUCACAGAGGAUAGCUGAAGAAAGAGCUCGCCGAGAGGAGGAAGAAGCUCGCAGACAGGAAGCAGAAAAAACACGAAAGGAUGCAGAGGAGGAGCGGGAAAAGGAAGAACGGCUGCGCCGGCAGGCAGAAGAGAAAGAACAGAAGGAGAAAGAAGAGAUGGAGCGCGUUCAGAAACAAAAAGAAGAGGAAGCUCGCCUACGGGAAGAGGCAGAGCGGAUUCGAUUAGAACGUGAAAAGCAUUUCCAAAGAGAAGAGCAAGAGCGCUUGGAAAGGAAGAAGAGGCUUGAGGAGAUCAUGAAGAGAACUAGGCGUGUAGAAGCUGUAGAUAAGAAACCCAAUGACCAGCAAAAUGGACAUAUAUCAAAGGCAAAUAUUACUGGAGAAGCAGUUGUAAGCUGUCCUGCAUCUCCCUUGGAACCCGCAGGAGGACCUCAGCUUCAGCCGGCAACGCAAUCUCCGCACAACGGGAAACCUGUCACUUGCACGCGUGUGAUUGUUUCACAGCAACCCCCAGUAAAUACGGACAGCAAUCUCAAUCCAGAGAAAAAUGCAAAUGGAAAUGGAAUGUCUAUGCAGAACGAUAACUUUGAAGAGAUCAUAAACCUGCCUAUUGGUUCUAAACCAUCCCGGCUGGAUGCCAUGAACAAUGAUGGAAGCAAUAGUCCCGAAAUUCCUUUGAAUCCAAUUCUAGCCUUUGAAGAUAAGGGGACUCUUUUGCCUCAGGUAGAUAGUGUUCAAACGCAUCAAACAGCAGAAGUGAUCUGA